GGGAGGAUGGAGCUGGAAAUCUGAACAGGGCAGCUGGAGCCUGCAGAGAUCCAGCGACGUUCCGAGCCUGACCUCCUUUCCAACUUCACCGAGCCUCCCCUCAUCUCCACGGCCCCUGUAGAGCUGUCACUGCCACUGACCAUCCCAUCAGCACACCAUGAAGUCCUGGGUCCUGCUCUGUCUGGCACUGCUUUGGCUGGAGCUCCACAGUGGUGACUGCCAACAACCCAAGCGAAGAAAAGAGUCAGGAGACAACCGCAUCAGGCCGGGAGGGAAACGGGUGAAGUUGCGACCCACCAAAGUUAAGGAUGUAGUGGGUAAAGGUCAGUCCCUGCUGACGCAGGUCUUGGAUAAAGGCCGCUUCCUUCGCUUGGGACAAACCACGACUCUGACUCCUGGGAGCAACAUGGAGCUGCGCUGCAAAGGCAGCAACAUUGGAUGGUCAUACCCGACCUACCUGGACACCUUCAAUGACUCACGCCUCAGCAUCAAGCAGAGCGACAAGUACAGUCAGCUGAUCCUGACGUCCUCCUCUGCUGCUGACACAGGGGCCUACAGCUGCUGGGUGAUAAUGUGUGAUGGGACCGAGUGCGAGAAGGACCACGAUCACUCCUAUGUCUCAUACAUCUACUUCACAGACAAAGACAACCUCUUCGUCCCUUCCACCAUCCACUUUGAGAUUGUGUACCUGCGCCCGAACAGCCCUGCUGUGGUGCCCUGUCGUGUGACCGACCCACAGGCCAAGGUGACCCUGCACAGAGAAGUCCCUCCGGAGGAGAUCCCAGCCAACGAGACCCUUGUGACUUACGAGCCCACCAGGGGCUUCGUCUUGCAGAAGCCCAAUCCGAAGCUCCGGGGAGUGUUCUACUGCAAGGCUGUGGCCAAGGGGACCCCUCAGAUCUCCACCAAGUACCAGCUCCUCUACGUGGAGGUUCCCAGUAGUCCACCGUUUGCGAGCCUAGAAUUGUCUCCAGGGUCUGUGAGAGGAGGCGAGAACAUGAAUGUAACAUGCGUCGCGCUGGGGGAGCCCGAGGUGGACGUGAGCUUUGUGUGGUCUUAUCCUGGUCAGGACCUUCGUCCCGUUCACAUCUUCACCUCCUGGCGGCUAGUUAACCGUGGAAUGGGUCACAUCACACGGGUCUCCCAAAGUGUCAUGACCGUGGAGGACAUGGAGACCAUUGACUUUGGAAACUACGUCUGUAAAGCCAAAAACCAGCACGGUGAGACGUUCGUGACCAUCAACAUCUCCAAAUAGUCCAGACAAUGAGGAUUAUUUUUAAUGUUGAAGUGUUUUCCUCAUCUUGUUUAGAUUUAAUUGUAACACACCAAACAGUGAGACCACAUGAAAUCAACAUGUACUAGACUGCA